UGCUAACAUGAGCUACAGUGGGAAGAUUGCUGUUUCUGUUGUGGACCGACGAUUGUAGAAAACAGAAGAAUUUUACCUUCAUUGUUACUAUAAUUCGGCUUACUUAACAGCAGUAGAGCAGUCAUGGGGUAACGUUUAAAGCGUGUAAGGGUGUCUGUUGUAAUAUGUCCUUCAUAAACAUUAACUUGGCGAAAUAACAUCGAUGCUAGUUUGGAGCGGUAGGCUAGUGGGUGCUGUGAUGUCCUCGACCCCCAGCAGACUCAAUCACCCACACUGCAGGAAGAAGCACUAUCCCAGUAGCACUUAUCUCACCCACGUUUGACAGCCAACAGAAGGUACAAGGAGGCCAGGUAGAAGACUUGACAGGAGUGACUGAUAAACAAAGAGAUGUCUGAUUCAAAUGGAGGUGGUGAAAGUGGAGGUGUAGCAGGUGCAGGGCAGGAUACAGAAGCAGACAAUGAGCCCCCUCAACAGGGGCCACCUUUACCUGAAGGUGACACCUCAGAAGUUGGGGUGACAUCAGAGGAAGGGGUUCCUCCAUCUGCCAAGCGGCCCAGAAUAAGUGAGGAGGGACACGGGCUGGAGCAGGUUGCACAGCCCAUCAAGAUGCACGGAGAAAUACCAGCACAGGCUGGCUUGCUACAGGAACACCCAGUCCUACCAAUGCCAGGAAUAGAACCAUUGCAAUGUAAAGAGGAAAGUAAAGAAGGGGAGAAGGUGCCUGUCAGUGGAGGAGGUGAAGAAGAAUGCCGUCAGAAUGGAGAUGGAGGGCAGCAUUCACUUUUAGAAGGAGGAACGAAACCAGAGGAGGAGCACAACGGUAACAGAUCUGCAAACAGCCCCAGUGAAGGACAGCACGUUGGCCUAGAUUUUACCCAGAACCCCCAGAUGCUGACUGGUUCCUGGACUGAGUACUCGAGCCUUCCAGAGAAUUACCUCAAAGGCUGCAAAUGGGCUCCUGAUGGUUCCUGUAUCCUGACCAACAGUGCAGACAAUGUGCUUCGUGUGUACAACCUUCCUCCAGAGAUUUACAGCUACAACUGGGAUUUGCUUCCUGAGAUGAAUCCGGUGCUGAGGAUGGCAGAGGGAGACACGAUCUACGACUACUGCUGGUACCCCAAGAUGAACUCUAUGGAUCCAGACACGUGUUUUCUAGCCAGCAGUAGCCGUGACAACCCAGUCCACGUGUGGGAUGCAUUUUACGGAGAGGUGCGAGCCAGUUUCCGACCCUACAAUCACCUGGAUGAGCUGACAGCAGCCCACUCCCUCUGCUUCUCGCCCGAUGGAACGCAGCUCUACUGCGGCUUCGACAGAACUGUCCGGGUCUUCUACACUGAGCGUCCUGGAAGAGACUGUGAGGAGCGGCCCACCGUAGUCAAGAAGCAGGGCCAAAGUGGCAUCAUCUCUUGCUUUGGCUUCAGCCCCUGCCAGUCUGUUUACGCCUGUGGCUCUUACUCCCGCUGUGCUGGCCUCUACUCCUGCCAAGAUGGCACCCUGCUGGCUCUGCUGCCGACCCGCCACCGCGGAGGCCUCACCCAUCUGCUCUUCUCCCCUGAUGGCAACUACCUAUACACCGGCGGGCGUAAGGAUCCUGAAAUCCUGUGCUGGGACCUAAGAGAGCCAGGCAAGGUUGUGUUUUCACUUAAGAGGAACGUGUCCACUAACCAGCGCAUCUACUUUGACCUGGACCCAUCAGGCAGGUACCUGUUGAGCGGUGACACAGAGGGAGUGGUGUCAGUAUGGGACACUGAGACAGCUCCUCCCAAUGGUAAUGAAGAACUAGUGCAACCUCAGCUCAGGUUCCAGGCUCAUUGGGACUGCACCAAUGGCAUCAGUAUUCAUCCCUUCAUGCCAUUGUUGGCAACGUCCAGUGGUCAGCGUCAGUUCCCAUGGCCCGGUGACAGCGAGGGGGACUCGGCCUCUGACGGCGAGGGAGGUGAAGCAGCUGCGAUGUCGCCCAAGGAGAUCCGACAAGACAACACCCUGAGUCUGUGGUGGGCCGGACCCCUGGCUCCCCUCUGUGGCGCUGCAGCAGAGGAGAGCGAGGGGCAGAGUACAGCAGCAGUGGAGGCCUGAAGCCCGUUACUUCAGCCAGCUGAUACAAAUCGAGUUACACCUGUAAUAUGAUAUUUAUUUGGGAAUGUUUGAUAUGGAUGGAUAAAGCUACACACGAGUCAGUCAGAUUCUCUUUUGAAAUCGAUAACAAGAAGUUCUGAGUUAGAAAUGCAUUUUUGGAUCAUUUUUAAACAUCUGGUUACCUUAAGCAUUUUCAGGCCAAACAAAUUUCUGAACAUAUCACCUGCAAGUUUACCUUUACCGACCACGGUACUGUCACUUGCAGAGUUUAGCAUUAUGAAAUACUGCACAUCAGGUCAGUACAGAACAGAUUUUCAGAAUUUUGUGUUUGAAGUCUUCGUUGUUGUAAUCCUACUUUGCUAAAUAAGAAUUGGAUCAGUGCUCAAACCAAGGAGGGUUUUUGUUUUGUUUUGUUUUUUCCCCGGAACCUUACUCAGGUUGAGACAAGACAUGGGUUGCAUAUUUAUUCAGUGAGAAUUUUUUUGUUUGUUUGUUUGUUUGUUUUUUCUUUAGUCCAGCCAAGUGAAAAAAUAAUGAAUCUUUUACAAACAUUUGUUGACCCUUUUUUUAAAUUCUGUUUUAUGGGGAGUCUACUUCCUAAACUGGUUAGUUUGGUUCAGUUUAAAGCCUUGACUGUGGUGUACAACAGCCCAGUGUCCAUCUGCAGAUGCACCGCUGACCUGAAAUGUGUGUGUCUGUGGGAGUGUUUGUUUACGUGCGUGAGGCUGUGAUGCUGCCCUAGAGAUUCCUAUGUGCUAUCAUUGCAGAAAGUGCCAUUUGUUUUUAAGCUUUGCUUUUGUAAACUGAUCGGAGCUCCUGUUUUUAACCUUUUUUUUUUUCUUUUUUUUUUAAAUAACUAUUGGACACAGCUAGUGUUCAGUGCAUGCCCACAAAUGUAUAUUUUUGUAAAGCUGUGAUGAUCGUACACAUUUUUCGAAUGUAUGCUCCGUAAUCAUCUAGCUUGAUUACUAUAACCUCUUAACAGUCCGUGACAUUCAAGUAGUGGGUGCACCUGGGAAAACAAGUAUUGCCUGGAUUACUUUUUCUACAGAUUGUGCUUGGGUUACAUUUGUACCUGUGUGAGUGAUGACGCAGCUCAAAACACUGUAUUUGUAUAAUUGCAUCAAUGAUGUGCUGCAGUGAUUUGCUCAAUGCUUAUGUUUCUGUUAGUGGGGUGUGCUUUGCUUGUAGGGUUUCUCCCACCUAAGCCUUGUACCUUUGGACACUGAGGAGUCUAUCCAUUUUGAAGCCUGUGCCGAUCAAGGUUUCACUGCUUGGAACUCAAAUUUUUUGCCAAGUAGUAAAAGCCACAGUUGUGUCGCUACUAUUACGCAAUCUAACAGGAAUCAUUAGGAAACAUGUCGGCAUUGAUGUCACCAAAGGUUCUAGAUGGAUGGUUGUGUCCACGGUAGGUGGACUUUUGGUGGUUUUAUUCAAGCUGGAGUGAAUUAAAAGCAUAUCUCUUCACAA